AUGAAUAAUAAAUUGGCAUUUUUAGAUCAGGAGCCACCACCAGGAUAUGUGGCGGGAGUCGGAAGAGGGGCCGUUGGUUUCAGCACUGUUAAAACUAACCAAAACAAAAGUUCACAAACCGAUGACGUAGAUGAUGAUGCGGAGAGUAAUAACAAUCAAGAGCUUAACGAGGGUGGACUAUUGUUGUCUCAAUGGAAAAGAGAUGAAGAGGAUGAAGAGGCAGACCUUAUUUUUGAGGAGAUCGAGAAUCGAUUAAAGUCCAGGAGAAAGCAUACUACGAUGGUAAAAGUUCCAACUGAUGAGGAGGUAUCCCAGAAGUCUCAGUUUUCUGAUUUGAAACGUGACUUGACAUCCUUGACAGAAGAUGAGUGGCUACUGUUGCCAGAAGCAGGAGACAUGACAAGAAAGAAUAAGCGUCUGCGUAUUCUAGAGCAACAGCUGCAGAGACUUUAUACUGCCCCCGACCUGAUUCUAGCAAAAAGAGCUGAUAUCGGGGCCAAUGGAGAUAGGUCUAGAGAAGAAAAGGAGAACUUAUUAUCUAGCAAAUUGGAUAACCUUGUUGCAAAUAAGAGGAGGGACGAAUCAGAUCCUUUAGAAGACACGAUAUUGAGUUCUUCGGGUGCUGAUAGGGACGCCAAAUUCGCAGACUUGAAAAAGGGCCGCUUGAUACUUUCAUCAUUACGGAAGACAGAACCAUACCGACCCAGCUCUUGGAUACAAUCUGCAAGAUUGGAGGAGCAAGCAAAGAGCUUCAACAAGGCGAGGGAUUUGAUUCUGCAAGCAUGCAAGACAAUACCAGGAUCCGAGGAAGUGUGGAUUGAGAAUGUCAGACUAAAUAUGAACGACAUUGAUUAUGCCAAAGCUAUAACCAAAGAAGGGUUGAAAUACUGCAAAAACUCUGUGAAUUUGUGGAUGAAAGCAAUCGAAUUGGAAAUGGAAACAAAGUCAAAAAAAAGAAAAAUAAUGCAAGCAUUGGAAGAGUUUCCAAGAAACGAUCUGCUUUGGAAACUUUUGAUUGACAUUGAAGAUGAUAAGGAUGUAGUGCAAAAGUUGUUAAUCAAAGCGGUUGACCUUUGCCCAACAGUUUGGGAGUUUUGGAUUGCAUUGGUAAAUAUAUCGACAUACGAUGACGCAAAGAAAUAUUUGAACAAAGCACGAAAGACGCUUUCUGGUGACGUUAAGGUGUGGAUUGCUGCUUGUAAACUUGAGGAACGGGAGAACCCCAAUAUACUAGAGACGAAAAUACGCAAGUUGACAGAUCGAGCUGUCAAUGAAAAUCCCAAUGUAUCAAAAUCGGAGUGGUUUGAUAUAGCAAUAAAUGCAACAGAGGAAGGAUUUACCAAGACUGGCAAAGAAAUAGUUUCUAGCUUUUUGAGGUCCCAGGACAUUAGUCCAAACGAGUUGGUCCAUGAAGCAGAAGCUCAAGCUAAAGAUGGCCACUUCGUUAUUGUACAUUGCGUAAUAGACUUUUUGGUGCACUUGGGACUGGCUGAAGUCAACGUCUGGCAAACAAUCAUAGGCAUAGCGAAGCAGUUUAUGGAUACGGAAACAUUGUUACAAUAUUACUCAAAGGCAAUUACGAUAAAUCCUGACUCAAUUGUAUUAUACUUGAUGUAUGCUAAAGAUGCAUCGAGAAUUGCUAGCGAUGUAGCUAAAGCUCGUGAAAUUUUACAUCUAGCUGACAGUAGGUUUAACGAUGACCUGAUCAAAUUUGCAAGUAUCAAACUUGAAUUCAACUCGGGACACAUUGAUAGAGCCAAACUGUUUGUUGAAAAAGUGAUCAAAGAGGAACCCAAAAGAAAUGUUAGAUACUGGUACAAGUACAUUCAUAUUUUGCGAUGUGCCGGGGUGUCACCUGAAAAGACUGUACAAGCCUCUCGUCAAGCGUUGGACCUUUUUCCUGGACAUUGGAAGCUACAUUUACAACACAUUCAGAUAUUAAUGGAUGACAUGAAAGACAUCAAAUCCGCAAGAGAGGCGGCAGCAUUAUCAGUGAAAAAGUGUCCCCAAUCUACAAAAUUGUGGAUAGCUUACUCUAUGAUAGAGGAAAAGCUUGGUGUUCUUAUUAAAGCAAGAUCCAUACUCGAUACUGCAGCACUAACCAUCUCAAAUUCGGUGGAAAUUGCGGUGGCACAUGUUGAGCUUGAAAAACGUCAAAAGAAUACAAAAACAGCCAUCAACUUGACCAACAAGAACUUGAAGCAGUUUCCAACUAAUACCUACGUCUGGUACCAGCAUCUUUCGCUCAUUCCAAAGAUGUCACUUCGUAAACCUGAAUUUGUCAACGCUUUGCUGAAAACGAACAACUCUCCAGAAAUUUUGCUUUAUUUAGGUAUUUUAUUUUGGCAGGAUGGGAAAUUCGCUAAAGCAAAGUCUUGGUUCGAUAGAAGCCUAAGUGCAGACCCCUCCAAUGGAGACGCGUGGGUGUGGUUGUAUACAUAUUGGAUGCGGCACGGCAAUGCUGAAAACAAGUCUGCAUUUUUAAACGACUUCAAGGCCAAUUUUGACGAUAUAACCAAGGGCAACACAUUCAAAGAGGUUCAGAAAGAUCCCAAAACUUAUCUGAUAUCACAUGAAGAGAUUUUACAGUCGGUUUCUCGAAAAUUAUUAAAAUUAUAA